GAGACAUGCGCUGCUGCCGCGGGUGGUUUGAGUUUUGAUAACUGGUGGGCAGGUGUUCCUGAUGUCCCCAUUAUUAUCUGUUGCCUCUUCUAUAUCUAGACUACGGAUGGCGAGAUCAUACAUACUGUUGAAGUUUUAUCUUCAGAAAUAGUUUAAGGGCUCAUGGGGACGAGUAAAACCUCAUUUAGUUGCAAUGAAAAUUUCCUUUUGGCGUAUAACUAGAGUUAGCUUAUUUUCUUUUCAGUCUACCUAAAUAGCAUUCAGCCAGUAUUUGAUUGUGCUUGGUUGAUGUGUAAUAUAGACACCUGGAAUAAAAACCAAGCGGCGUUGAUUAAGUUAAACGGGGCGAGGUUGGUGCAGUACGACAUGACUUAGUAUUUUUCCCUGGAUGGAUUUGUGAUUAUUCUGUUGAUAAAAUUCAAAAACAGAUCGACUUUAUAAUAUUUUUCCCCGGUCAACACCUAUUAAGGGUAGCGGUUGAACCGAAGGAUUCAUUUUGUUAGACGUCGAAUUAACAUUGACUUAAUGCCUCUGUUGUUUAUAAAUGAUCGACUUUGGUCCUCUUGUUGUCAAUAAACGGCAUUAUUUAGGCUUCGGUUUGAAAGUAUAAUAAGUCUGCGAGACCACAAUCUAUGGAUGAGCCAAUCAAACUUAAAAUACCGAUUCUAGGGUAUCGGCGCGAACUUUAUUCAUCCAUAUGAUUAAGUCGCAUCUUGGUAUUAUGUUUAUGUCAUUUUGUGAUGAAAACCCUGAAUCUCACUCCUUACUCUGAAUCCCGACUGACUUUACAUCCUAGUCUGUAAUCCUCUUUGGACGCGAGUAAGUAGGCAGGUUUAGUAAGGGUUACUUUGGCGUCUCUCAGAGUCCGUCUAAAAAUUAUAGUCUCAGCGAAAAUUUUUUGAGAGGCUGUGUAGUUCAGUUACUAGUUUUUUAUUAACUUGUCAACAAGCUGUUAAUUACAAAGGUCAAAUAACCCAUGGUUUAACUUACAUAGUUUUUCCUCGGUCUUUUCCAACUUAUUACCAAAUAUUUUUUUCUCUUUUCAGACUUUAUUUUUUCUGAUUGCUUGAAAAUCAACCCGUAACAAUGUUCGGAGCAAAUAAGCCUGCCUUCGGUGCCACUUCCAGCUCUGCUUUUGGACAAAGUUCUUCGCUGUUUGGAGCCACGUCGAAUCCUCAAACACAGCCUACUUCAAACCUGUUUGGUCAACAGUCAGGUGGUCUCGGUGGAACAAAUAAACUUUUCACUGGGAACCAGAUGAGUGCGUUGUCGUGGGGUUCCACAAGUAUGACCUCCAAUGGGACGUCACUUGCAUUUAAUCCACCCAUUACAACCGAAAUAAUGCAACGGGGUGGUCAGUCCUCCCAAGUAAAUGCAAAACAUAUGUGCAUCACCGCUAUGAAAGAGUAUCAGGAUAAAAGCCUAGAGGAACUUCGCCUAGAGGAUUAUUCUUUGAAUCGCCGUGGUCCAUCAACAUCAGCGGGUGGGACUUCAAUCUUUGCCACCUCAUCCACUGCGAAACCGUUUCAAUUCGGAUCACCUCAAAUGAAUACAACAACAUCUAUUUUUGGUCAGACUAGUAAACCUGCAAAUACUUUGUUUGGUGCUUCAGCCAGUGGUGUUAGUAGCAGCAAUAGUAUGUUUUUUGGAGGUACAGGGACUCAAUCAGCCUUUGGACAAACUUCCCAAGGAGGUCUUUUGGGUUUGAAACCUCAAUUCGGCGCUGCAACUGCUCCAAGUAUAUUUGGUUCGACUCCCGCAUCUCAAUCAACUGGGUUUGCCUUUGGUCAAACAAAUCAAACAACAUCUGUCUUUGGUGCGAAACCCUUGUUUGGCACCACUUCAGCAGCUGGUACUGGUACUUCUCUUUUUGGAACCGCGCAAGCCACAACACAACUUGGAAAUACUGGAUUUUCAUUUGGUCAACCACAGCAACAGGCCACUGGAUUAGGCACUUCCACUAGCUUUUUCGGUCAGUCAAAUCAGGCAGCAUCUGCUGCCAAGCCUUCGCUUUUUGGGACUCAGCCAACAACCGGUACUGGUCUUAUGUUCGGAUCACCGUCUACCGGCAUUUUUGGAGGAGCUAAACCUGCGGGAGCAACAUCAGUAUUUGGUGCUCCCGCAACUGGAUUAACAGGUUUGCAAGGGACUCAACAGCAAACUGGAUUUACAUUUGGCUCUCCAUUGGGCACAGCUGGUGGAUUGCGACCUGCCGGCACGACAGGUUUAUUCGGAGCGAAUACAGCGGCUACAACUUCCACUGCCCUUAAACCUGGUGGUUUAUUUGGAUCUGGUACGUCCACUGGUUUUGGUUUUGGGACUGGUUUAAAUAAUCAACCCACCGCGUUUGGUAAUCUUGGCACAACAUCUUCAGCUGGAACAACACUAUUUGGUCAACCUGCUACUAGUAGCCUAACAGCUAAAAAGCCUUUCGGUUUUGGAACAGCUAAUGCUGCUGGCAUUGGAUCGUUCGGUUUUAAUCAACCUAAUACUGGAACUACUUUGUUCGGUGCACCAGCCGCAGCUACAGGUUUCAGUUUAGGAACUGGGGCUACUUCAGGACCUUUGUUUGGUCAAACUAGUACAGGUUUUGGUCUUGGCCAAAAGCCAUUGCAGAACGUUCCUGCAGGUAGUGCAUUUGGUGGUGGCUUUGGUUUGGGAGCAAGUACGGCACCAACUAUUGGAAGUUUGGGAAAUAAUCUUUUUGGCACUAAUGUUGGUACUCAAGGUUUAGGCUCUACUGGAGUUCAACCCAUUGGCUCUUCAUUAACUGGAUUUGGCACUAUCAAUGCAACAGGUUCUGCUUUCGGCCUGGGUUCCAAUGAUCAAGUUGCUCAGUCUAUAAAAGCUCAACAACAAGUUCUAGAAGUUGUUCGUAGUAUGCCAUAUGGUCAAUCUUCACUAUUUCGUUACUUAAACUUACCCACAAAUCCUGCUUCUAAUGCAGAUCCAAAAGCUCAAGUUCCUGGAGCUAUAACACCCAACACUUCUACUUCUGGAAGUGUUAUUGUACCAGCUAAAUAUGUGGCCACGAUGUUUGCUGAGCGUAAUAGAGCAGCAGGACUCUUAGUUGGAUCUAGUCCAACCAGUUCUGGUUUGAAUGGUAGUCGUGUUUCUGGUUUUCGUCGUCCUGCUAAUUCUAAUACUCGUCUCCUGCAGGUAGCGAAUCGCAACAAGUUGUUUUCAGGUUUUUAUGAAGAAGAUGCUUUAACUAGUAAUCACAAUUCUCCUUUGUCAUCAGGUCUUCGACGUACCGCUUCAUUAGGACCGACAGCCGUUUUAAGCCCUGUAAAUAAUAAUAACACUAAUUUCUUUGUUAAACGAGGAGAAUGGAAACAUUUACAUCUUCCUGAAAAUGUAAGAAAUUCAAUAUUGGAACGGUCAAAUGCUAUAACAAAUGAAUUAAAUCAAUUGGCUGAAUCAUCUUUAGAUAAUAAUACAGUACAUUCUGAUUUGACAGUAAAUACUAAUACAUCAAAUAAACAAAUCUCUGCUUCCUCUGGUGAUAUUUCACUGAAAGAAGUAAAUAAAUCUAAUUUGUCACUAGAUCAAUCUGUUAUUAGUAGUACCGUGGAUAAGAAAUUGACUCCUGUUACAACAAGUGAAUCAUCGAGAAAUUUAUUAAAUAAUAAUAUCAAUAGAAAAACUAUUAAUUCUCCAUUAAAUAAUCAUAUUCUUCAACAGAAUAAAAUUGAUAAUACAAUACGAGUACGUGAUACUUUGCAAGGAAGUAUACAUGAAAAUAACACUGAUUCUAUAUUGUCCAGUCCAUCAAAUAUUACUUAUGAUGAUAUUUCUAUACUCAGAUCACCUAAUUCAGAACAAGUACAUGGUGAUGGUGAUACAUCAGAUUGGGAUCAACUAAGCUAUUGUAAACCUAAUACCAUCACUACAUUGAAUGCUUCUGGUGUAAUUUUAACAAAGCCUGGUUAUUAUACUUUACCUACGUUAGAUGAAUUAUCUGAAAUGGUAAUUGAUGAAAAAUGCUUAGUAGAAGACUUUGUAAUUGGUCGUCGUCUUUAUGGACAUAUACUAUUUCCGGGGUUUACUGAUGUUUAUGGACUUAAUUUGGAUAAUAUUGUUCAUAUUCGUCGACGUGAAGUUGUUGUUUAUCCGGAUGAUGAAAAGAAACCUCCUGUUGGUACUAGUUUGAAUAAACGAGCCGAAGUUUGUUUGGAGUCUAUUUGGCCUACAGAUAAAUCUACAAGAGAACCGAUCAAAUCGCCUGAACGACUAGCUUUAAUGCAUUUCGAAGAACGUCUGGAGAAGGCUACUAGAAGAAUGGAUGCCAGAUUCAUUGAAUAUCGACCAGAAUCUGGUUCUUGGGUUUUUGAGGUCAAACACUUUUCCAAGUAUCGGUUAGAUGAUUCAGAUGGUGAAGCUGAAGAUAAAAAUUGUGAUUCAGACUCACUGAACAAAUCACAAAUUGUUUCGAAAGCGGCUGAUUUCAAAGCAAAAUGUCUAUUCGAUAGUGAUCAAUCAAUCAAUGAUGAUGCAUUCAAUAUCAUUCAUAGAAAUGAGAAACUUGGAGCUUUUGAUUCAGACCAAGGAACACUCAAGGAUUUCCAAUUAAAGAGUAUGAAGGUUAUUGAUCCUCAAUUCGAUCAGCAAAGUGAUUUUUACAUCCCCCAAAUAUUCCGCACCUUACCGUCGUGUCCCACUUACGAUGGUAUUGCACUAUACGAGGAUGAUAAAUUAGAUCAACGAAAUGAUCUACCACAAAGUCUACAGUUGUCAAUUAUGGAGAUGAAAAACAAUUUGGAUGUGAUUAAUGGUAACAACUUCUUAAUGAAUUUGUACCCGUAUGAAAAUAUAACAAAAAUAUGUGAUACAGUGUCACUGAAACCUGGCACAAAUCAUGAUAAUAUGACAUUGUUAAAUCAUGUUUCACAUUGGAUAAUGGAUGCUGGUCUUUGGCAUGGUCAUGGUAUGCGGCCAUCUUUCAGUUAUUCACGGUUUCCUGAAUUCCAUUCUAUGGUACUAGUUUGUCCAUCACCGCGUGGUAAUCAGUACAAUGAUGAGGUGAAUUUUGAUCUAACCAAUUCCAUUACAUUCUUCACAUUACCAUCACCGAUCGAAUUAUUCGAUGAGGAUAUGCUUAAUUCAGCUUUGACUACAUCUAUGCGAGUUAUACAAACUGGUAUUAAUUCAUUACAACCACCAUGUAAUCAUUGUCCUUUAUGGCGUCCCAUUAUUGGUUUAACAGCUUUAGAGUCUUAUACACGUAUAUUGAAUUGUGAUCCUUUAAAUAAUAUCAAUGUGAAUUUUCAUGAAUCUGUUGAAAAUGAAAAACUCAGUGCUCGACUAACUGGUUUUAAACGAAUAUUCAGUCUUUGUCAAGCACUUUGGGGACGUCAUCCACAAGAAGCUGUCGCUGAAGCAAUGGCUGAAACUGACAGCUCCACUGAUAAAAUCUUCAAUACUAAAUUAAUCAAUUCUGAUUUUCCUAUUUUAACUGACACUAGUCAACUUUGGAAUAAUGGUGAAUGCAUUAGUAAUGAAGUUUAUCGCAAUUAUAAUUUGGUGAAUUAUCCUAUCAGUAUGUUUCGUGAAAUUUCUGGUAUGCGUUCUUUAGCCAGAAAGCAAGCUGUUUCAGAAUGGAUUAGAACACAAUCAUUUCCCUGGUUGAAAUCCAAAUUGGAAUCUUUGCGUUUAGUAGAAGCAAGUGGUCUGAAUGAAACUGCAUCUGAUUCGUUUGAAGCGUUUUCCAUAUCUAAACUCAAUUCCAACAAUUAUGACAGUGAUAUUUUAGUACAAGGAAUAUUUGCUUGUUUGGUAUCAGGUGAAUCGGGUGCUGCGUGUCGUCUGGCCAUUGUAUCCAACAUGCCAGCUUUAGCUUCGUUAAUAGCACAGUCAACUGCCGGUGAUCCAGUCGUUCGACGUGGUUUACAACAUCAGUUGAAUAAAUGGCAUGAGAUAAAAUUUGAUCAGCAUAUCCCCAUUAAUAUGCUUCGAGUGUAUUGUUUAUUAGCUGGAAUUACAGAGUUCCCACAUCCUUCAAAUUCUUCAAAUAUUUCUGUACUUGCUGAACUUGAUUGGAUUCAAGCAUUCGGUGCACAUAUAUGGUAUAUAUGUGAUUACCAGGCAAAUUUAGGUGAGAUUUUAUCUGUGUACAGUGACACUUGGCAUUCUGAUCAAAAGCCUAACACAAAACAAGGAGUACCACGUCCAAGUCCACCAACAGUUGACAAACUUAUCAAUCCAAAUCUUGCUGUUUCGUCAGUCAAGGACUAUCCUAUUAGUGAAGAGACGGAAGGUCCUAAUCGUGAAAUCAAAUUUCGAGAUUGGCCUCGAGACACAGCUUAUCAUCUUCUACAAUUGUGUCGAAAACAGUUUCAUUCUCUACAAAGAACAUUGGAUCCUUGUUCCUUUAGUCGACGUUCUUCAUCAUCUUGUGUUUUAAAUCGUGACAAUCUUCUGGAUUGGGCUAUGUCGUGGCAUUUAUGGCGUUUUCUUGUAUCCUAUGGAUAUCAUCAUUUUUACGAUGAUUUCUAUGAAGACUUUUCUGAAAUAUCUACUCGUGUUUGCAAUGAAUUCGCCACACAGUUAGAAGCUGCAGGUCUAUGGGAAUGGUCAGUUUUUGUACUGCUUCAUAUAGAUUGUGAGAAAACUCGAGAAGCAUCUGUAAAAUGUCUCAUCGGUCGACAUGUAUCGUUAGUUUUGCCUUCAGGCCUUUUGAAUAAUUCCAAUAAAAAUUCUUCGUCUUGUUUGUCGGAUAUAGACUUCAUGUCACAUAAAAUCUCUUUACUACCUACACCAUCGUUAACUAAACCUGAAUCGUUUGUGGUUAAUCGUUUGGGCGUUCCUGUUCAUUGGAUUCACGAAGCAAAGGCUAUAUUAGCAAGACAUCGCUUAAAAGCCUACUUGCGUAAAACAGGUUUCAAUACUGUUUCACAACAACGUACUUUAAACUCUACGGAAGAUCGUAGCCAGUUUUGUAUAUUUGCAAUGCUUGAAGCAAGUCAUUGGUUUGCUGCUGGACGUAUUCAAGCUGCAGAUGAAGUUUUAUCAAAGUAUAUACUACCGGAGCUUAUUUUACAUACGAAUAUUUCACCUUACUCAGCUUUUCAGCUAAGAUUCGAAUCAGUAUACUCUGCAGUAGGUCAUCGUAUUGCUCGCUUGCUUGAGCCCUAUAAUUCCUUAGCAGAAAAUUGUUUACCAAGUGAUUUUCAUUCAGGCGUUGGUGUUUAUCGAUCUUUCGGUGAAUUACUUUGCCUAGUAGAUGAAGUUACAAAUUUUUGCAAAGAAUCAUCACUACUAGAUAGUGUAUUGUAUAGUCCUAGCAAGAAAAAAUUGAAAGAAGAUACUGAUUUAACUAAACUAGAUAAUUUAGCAUCGAUUCUAACGAAAUUAAAGUCAAAAGUCCCCAGUGUAACAGAAGAGAUUAAUUUAAUGAAGAUCAAUUCAUUUAUUGAAAAAGUUGUACGCACAGAAAUGGCUGCCGUUUGUAUACAUUUAACUUCUGCCUUUCUUGCAGCUAGCUGUUUGGAAAACAUGAACGACGAGCAAAAUUUGUCGACAAAUGAAAUGAUUAAAAAUCAGGAACAAGGCACGUUAAAUUAUCUAGAGCAUCAACUUGUUUGUAUGACUAAAUUAGGCUUGCCAGCGGACUAUCGAUUGAAGGAACUUCGUGCAGUUGCAGAAAUUAAGUUGUCUUUAGGGGUUGUGUAAGCAGGUUGUGAACUGACCAUCUCCAGGUUGUAACUGUUUUUUAAAACAAUGCGUUUUUUACGUCUUUACAUUCUAACUUCCCACUGUUUUUAUAAUGUAAAGAGAAUCAAGAUGAAGCACAUUUGUAAAAUUAAAAUUUUGAUUUUUGUAUUCAACAGUUGUCAUCAAAGCAAUUCAAAAAACAAUCAAAUGCACAACGGCCUGUAUUAUUCAGUUGUUUUUUUGGUGGAUGUCCAAAACAGACUUCGGUUUUUGAUACACUAACCUUAUUGCACACACAAAAGCUCUUCAACCUAUCCUUCCCUAGUUUACAGAUUCGUCUGACUUUUGAUCAUCUUCUUUUGUCUGAAUAAGUUCAAGUACAUGUUUUACAGGCCUCACUCGACCAUCUUCACCGAUAGUUCCUGGUUGAAUUAAUCCAGAUCUGAAAAUGGGACCAAUAUUUUAGGAUAUAAAUCAAUCCAAAAAGCGUCUUUGGUUUUUAGAACUAUGGGUUUAUAAGUUAUUUCAUAAGGUUUAUCUUACUUUGACCCAUCACGUUUACAGUAACUCACCUCUCAAGUUUGUCGAUUUUCUGUACUAAGUCCAUAGCAAGAUAUUCCUUUUGUUCUUCAGACAUGUUUUCCAUUGGGUUCGGUUGUGGGAUUUCCCAUCGACCUGUUACAGGGUUCACAUCUUCCUUCAACUUUUUAUAUUCUUCCGUUUCUGAUUCCGUCGAUGUAGCAGAAUAUUCACCAUCUGACUCGACAUUACAAUUAGAUUCUCUAUUAACCUUUGAUGUUUUCCCAAGUAAAGCAUGACGUGCUAAAAAUCCAGCGAAAUUUCCAAAGCCCGUGUAUUUCACUGCUCGUCCAACUAAAUAAGUUAAAUAAUAAUGAUAAUUAAUCCCAGAAUAUCUUGUUAUAAACUAUUUAAAUAUAUCAAUCGAUUGGCUGAGAAAUCCGUUUUAAACACAGCAACGAAGAAAAACAAUAUAACAGACGAGAUAAACAGUCACGAUGGAAAUCUGUACAUAAUAAAUAUUGUAGUUACAUAAUUGUUCGACCUGGAAAUAUUUCUCUUUUUCAAUAAUUCCCAGUGUACUUUGGUUUCUGAAGUAAGAUUAUUCAGGUUCUACUCAAAAAAUCUUUCUAACCCUACAAUUAUCCGCCUACUCUUUUACAGAUAGUAGUAAAUACAUGAUUGGGAUUUCCUCCGCUGGUUUACUUUAUUUUCCCUGGUUAGUUAUUUUAUUUAUCCGCUCAUUAAUAUCGAAUAUCUUCUUCUUACUGAAAAUAUAUUAUCAUCUGGCAUUCAUACGACAGACUACACUGCAAAAAGAUGCACGGAGGACAGCUAACCGACACAUUCCAGAUGAGGACCGGAGACAAACAAGGCUGCUUACUCUCUCCCUUUCUCUUUCUUCUGGUGGUUGACUGGAUUAUGAAGACCUCCACAUCUGACAGGAAGCACGGAAUAAAAUGGACAGGUCGGAUCCAACCAGACGAUUUGGACUUCGCGGACCACCUAGAUCUUCUAUCCCAUACACACUAACAAAUGCAGGUAGCAGCAGUCUCUGCAUCAGUAGGCAUCAACAUACACAAGGAAAAUGUAGGAUCCUCGAAUACAACACGAAGAACAUCCAUGCAAUCACACUUGGUGGAGAAACUCUGGAAGAGGUGAAAACUUUAACAGCAUCAACGAUGAACAAGGAGAGUUUGAUCCAGGCGUAAAGGCGAGGAUUGGCAAAGCAAGGGUCGCAUUCCUACGGUUGAAAAACAUAUGGAACUCAAAACAACUGUCAACCAAUAUCAAAGUCAGAAUCUUCAAUGUGAACGUCAAAACAGUUAGGACGUACAUUGCGGAAGUCAUCAAAUUGAGUUACGAGGCAAGCGCCAACUUGAAAUUCUGAAGGGAAAGUGGUAAAGAGGAAUGUCGAAGAACGCAUUGUUCCGAGAAUUGAAUGCCGACAUCAAAAGGAUGAAUAGCAACUGGAAUAUACUGCCUAGGACAGAGUUGAAUGGCGAAUGCUGUUUGCGACGUCUGUUUCUCCAUGAGGAGUAACAGAUGUAAGUAUAUAAUGCAAAAAAUCCCAAAAUCGACAUGACUAAUUCCAUUUUGCAAAUUUUCUGAAUAUAUAACAGAAUAAGACAAUGUUUAAUUAAACUUCAGGUGAAAUCCUGAUUUCGUUAGCAAUAUACUUGUUGUUUGU